CGCCCGAUGACGUCAGAGGCAGCGGAAACAGGUACGAGGGACAGAAAGUACCAGAAACAGCCAGAGAAACAGAUCUAAACCUGAUGUUUUAUUUAUUUCCGUUUUAUUUAAACCAAGCAGAUGACUGACUGAUCGUCGAGCAUGAUGGGACGGUGUUAAAGACCGUCUGAUGAGUUUCUGAUACUGGGUGUCGUGUUUUAAUCAUUGCGUAGCUGAAGCAGGUUAGCUGUCAUGCUAAUGUAAAAAUAGCCAUAUGUUCUGGAAAUAAAACAUUUAUUUUACGGAUUAUAAGAAGUGAACUGUAUUCUCCGUAAUGUGUCUUAAACACAAUACAUAACGAUAUAUCGUCGUUUGGGGUUUGUUUAGUGUCUCGUGCACGUAAACAGAGAAGGACACGUAGCGUUAGAUAACGUCACAACAGACUGUUUAUAUAAACACCGCUCUUCUGAAACAGAUCCUGAUCUUUAUUUGUAUUCAAGAGGAGCUUGCGUUGUGUUUGUGGAGAACUUGUUGUCAUCUGUAAAAGGACCCUGUUCUAUUCUGGACUGGGAUUGGUAACGUUAGAGCAGAUUGCGUCAAAACUGUUUUCGUUUGGACCAUUAUCUCUAUAAGGUCGACCCUGAGAGCCCACCAGGAUGCCUCUGCUGUUUCUGGAGAGGUUCCCCUGGCCCAGUUUACAGACAUACACAGUGCUGAGCACAGUUCUGCUGGCCGGGAGCAUGCUGAGUGCCUACAGCUCAGUCAGAGACUCAGAGUCCGAGGACCCCCAGCGCGCCCCUGAGGAGGACAUCAGGCCGGACAGUGUGCUCACUCACGUGCUGAUGUACCUCAUCACAGACAGUCUCUCCGUCUGGGUGAUGGUGAACACGGCGUGCUGCAUCCUCAUGUUAAUAGCUAAAGCGAUCCAGUGCAUCGUGUUUGGACCGCUGAGAGUCAGCGAGAAACAGCAUGUGAAGGAUAAGUUCUGGAACUUCGUCUUCUACAAGUUCAUCUUCAUCUUCGGCGUGCUGAACGUGCAGCGGGUGGAGGAGGUGGUGCUGUGGUGUCUGUGGUUCUCCGUGCUCAUCUUCCUGCAUCUGAUGGUGCAGCUCUGCAAAGACCGCUUCGAAUACCUCUCGUUCUCUCCCACCACUCCGAUGGUCAGUCACGUGCGAGUGUUGGCUCUGCUGGGGUCUGUUUUGGCGUGCUGCGGGGGUCUGGCAGUGCUCUGCGCUCUAGCCGGGCAUCUUCACGGCAUGCACACUGUCGCUUUCAUGGCAGCUGAGUGUUUGCUGGUGACGGUGCGCGCAGGACACGUCAUCAUACGGUACUCCAUUCACUUGUGGGACCUGAACCAUGAGGGGACCUGGGAGAACAAGAGCUCGUAUAUCUACUACACAGACUUCACCAUGGAGUUAACCCUCCUCUGCCUGGACCUGAUGCAUCACAUCCACAUGCUGCUCUUCGGGAACAUCUGGUUGUCCAUGGCUAGUCUUGUGAUCUUUAUGCAGCUGCGCUAUCUCUUCCACGAGGUGCAGAGACGAAUUCGCCGCCAUAAAAACUACUUGCGUGUUAUUGACAAUAUGGAGGCCAGGUUUGCUGUGGCGACGCCUGACGAGCUACUGGCUAAUAACGAUGACUGUGCCAUCUGCUGGGAUUCAAUGACUACAGCACGCAGGCUGCCCUGUGGACAUCUUUUCCAUAAUUCCUGUCUGCGCUCCUGGCUGGAGCAGGACACUUCCUGUCCCACGUGCCGUAUGUCUCUGAACAUCAAUGAAGGCGUGAGAGCGAGAGACGAGGGUCAGAGGGCGCCGCUGGAUGAUAACAUGACCGCCGGACCGGGAACAGAGGCCCGGCCGCACCUCAACCAGCACAACCACUUCUUCCACUUCGAUGGGUCACGCAUUGCCAGUUGGCUGCCGAGCUUCUCUGUGGAGGUCAUGCACACCACCAGCAUCCUUGGGAUCGCACAGGCCAACAACUCGCAGCUCAAUGCCAUGGCCCAUCAGAUCCAGGAGAUGUUCCCACAGGUCCCUUAUCAUCUGGUCCUGCAGGAUUUACAGCUCACUCGCUCCGUUGAGGUCACCACCGAUAACAUCCUGGAGGGCAGGAUCCAGGUGCCUUUCCCAACACAGACUGUGGAGCGCACACCCAUACAGAUAAACACUUCUCCUGAAGACUCAGCGGGUGCCAGCAGCAGUUCAGAGGUCGCUGCCCCCGAGGUGGAAGACUUUGAGGUGCGGGGGAGCCGCUUUUCCAAGUCUGCAGAUGAGAGACAGAGGAUGCUAAUGCAGAGGAAGGAGGAGCUGCUCCAGAGAGCACGCAGACGUUAUCUACACAAAAAAACUGAUGAAGGAGAUGUGUUUUCUGCUCCUGCUGCUGAUAAUGACGAUGCCAUGCCCUCCAUGGAGGACGAAGACUCAGAUUCACUGACCUUGAGACGGAGAAGAAUGGCGGCUGCAGCCGAGAGACGCAUGCAGAGGAACGAGCCUCCCCCAUUUUGAGUCGAGCAAAAACAUGGAUGAUGCCUGUGGUACGGCCAUGCUGUCAUACAAUUUUUGUCUGAUCAGUGCAUAUUUGUGCUAGAUGCAACCGUCUAUGUACCCAUCAAACAUUUCAGUUCAUUGUCCAUUGAAAUAGUAUAUGUCAUCAUUGCCGCACCAGUGAAUUUUUGGCAAGUAUCAAAUUAAAGAAAAAGACACAUGCAUCUUUAAUUCAUGUUUCUUCUAUAGACAGAAUCAUUUUUUAAAUGUUAGUACCUAAACAAGAGCAUGGUUUGGACAGCUGAUAAUAUGCGUUAAAAACAAAAUGAAAAGAAAAAAGUUUGGGUUCCUGAGUUUGAAUUUCUUUUCACUUUUGGAAUGCAUCAUUUCUUAAAUGUCUUUGUACGAAUCUGGCAAUUUUAACAAUAUUAUGUUGAUUACUAACAGUUCGAAUCUAGAGCUUUAGAAACAACCAACAUGCUCGAAUUCAGUUUCUAUCUUUUGCCAGCAAAUAUAUCUUUACAAUUUCGCUGCUGUUUAGCAUUUGAAUGUCCCUUUAAGUGAGUUUGGUUGACUCAUGUGCUCCAAAAGAGACAAUCUUGUGUGUCUGAGCAUACAAACUCAUGUGCUGACAAUGCCAUCCCAGGAUUAGAGUCUCUGAAGACCGUUAAAAAGCAAAGUGGCAUAGAUCCUAUUGUCUGUCCUCUCAUUGUUGUGACGACAAAUUGCUCUGUGCAUCAUAGAAGGUGUUAACUUAGUCACACAAUCUUGUUUCUCUGUGUCGUCAUCUAAAACAGCCAUGCUUUAUUUUUCAUUUCUUUCAUUCUGAACUUGUACUGGUGGUUAUAUAGUGAGGAAAUGUUUCCUUUCCUCUCUGUUAUGUGCUACAGUCAAAGAGAAGCAUAUGGUCCUUAGUCAGCGUAGAUUUUUAACGUUGUCCUAUUUUAAUUUUCAUAAAACGUUUUAAUUCGGUUCAAAUUAAAUGAAGCAUUUACCCCUACUAAAGUCCUUUUUUGGGUUAUUUAAACACACAAUUAUGGUUAAUAGGUCAGUUUUGUAGCUUUUUGUUGUCAGGGUUUUAUUGUGUUUCUAUUGUGUUUGUAUUUGAAUUGACCUUUAUUUCUCAGCGUACUAAUGUACUAAUGCCUAAAAAUGCUUGUUUUUUUCUGGCACAUGACAUACAUUUUCACAGGAUAAUUUAUGGACGCUGCAAACAAUUCAGAAUGUUGCAUGUUGAGUUUGAAGUGAACAAGCUUUUCAUGUAAUAGCACGUGACUUUUAAUUUGCAUUUGCCAUCUGUUAAAAACAACAACCAGAUUAUUAAAUCAAGAAUUUAUUUGGCUUUAUAGCCUGUUUGUCGACCUCAAAAUAAAAAAAGUACAUCUUCAGAAUUGUCUCUGAUGUUUUACACUGUGAAUCUAAUCUAUAAAUUAUUUUUUGCGUAAUACAUGGACUUUUUUUUUUUUUUUUUUACCUUUCAUGUGGACUUCUUUUUCUAUGCAUGAAAUCACUGACUGUUGUUUUCAUAUCUGUUUUCCUGAUCAACUUUCCCAAAGACUCUCCUUGUGAUUUACUUUAAUGAAGCUGGUUAUUGUGAUUGUAAUGACUGCAGGUCCAUGUAGAAUAUGUCUGUUUUGGUUGCACAGAUGCACCUUUCAGCAGUAUUUCUUAAAAAAAAAAAAAAAAAAAACAUUUAUUAAUGAAAUCAACAGGAAUGAUUCUGAUAAUAAUUUAUAAUUUGGUUGGUGGUCAUGCUGUUUGCUGGAAACUAGAGGGAAGUGUUGGAUUGCUUUAUGUACACAGUUCAUUCAUUUGUGCCUCAAAUUACAGUGGAUCGAUAAUACUUUGAUUUUGUGUAAAUAUUUUUGUAAUAAAGAUUGUAAAAUACACAUUAAAAGACCCUGUACAAAAUAAAAGUCACAGCUGCUUUAGAAGCUUUUACCCA